GGCCGAGCCGCGGCUGAGCUGCUGCCGGAGCGCCCGCCAUGGGCGUGGGCUAUGGAGGGAUGCGCUGCGUCAAGAUCCUGCUCUUCAUCUUCAACCUGACCUUCUGGCUGGCAGGACUGGCUGUCAUUGCCUUUGGGCUGUGGCUGCGGUUUGGUGGGCCCAUGGCAGAGUUUGCUACAGACAAGAAGUCCCCGGAACUUUUCUUCAUGGGACUCUAUGUACUGGUGGGAGCAGGGGCCAUCAUGUCAGCAGUUGGAUUUUUCGGGUGCUGUGGAGCAGCACGGGAGUCCCAGUGCUUGAUUGGAACUUUCUUUGCUUGCCUGUUGGUGAUAUUUGCAGGUGAGGUCACUGCUGGAGUAUUUGCCUUCAUAGGCAAGAAAGUGGCAAUACAAGAAGCCCAGAAAAUCUAUGAAGAUGCUUAUGAGGAUUACAUGAAAAACCCAGUGGGGAAGGUCAACAGUACCAUCUAUCGCUACCACGUGGCUCUCCAGUGCUGUGGUAAAGGUAAUGUGGAACAACAAACAGGAUUACCCUGUCCAGAGAACAUCCAGCUGCCAAAGAACUGCCUGGCUGAAAUUCAGAAUGUAAUUGAUACUCAGCUGCGCUUAGUUGGAAUUGUUGGAAUUGCAAUUGCUAGCAUCACAAUCUUUGGCAUGAUAUUCAGCAUGGUUCUGUGCUGUACCAUCCGUAACAUGAGAGAAAUGAUCUAAAACUGUCACUGCACAACUAUGCCCCAGGAGUUCCAGACUAAGCUU